CUUUGAAAAAUUGUCGUAUUUUCAAGGAGGAAAGCUCGUUGGUGAAAUGAGUAGAUCGUUCAUGAUGCUUGGCGCCUGUCGUGUCUCGUUUCAUCGUGCGUUCGUUUAUUGUGCUUGUUACGUGUAUUUUGUAUGGUUAUCCACGCGGUAUCACUAUUCUUGGCACGGAACGAGCAAGUUGCUUGCUGAUGUUGUGCUCGUUGCAAAAACAGAAAAAAAGAAGAAACAAAAAGAAAAGGAAAGAAAAAAGAGCUACAUCCAUGGGAAGAAACGGAGGCGUCUAGGUAAACUGGAAACGUUACUUUUCCUUUCCUGGAAAUUCUUGCUACACGAGUUAUCUUUCGUGAUCGAGGAAAAAAUACGUUUGUUAAAAUGUGCUUCAUACGCUGCCUCUUAAUCUCAAUGUUCAAUUACUUUCCUUCAACAAAUCGAAGAACACGAUCGUGCUGUGAGUGACUUGGUUAAAUUAAUUCUUCUUCUUCUUCUUGAUGAUGAUUUUGAAAGUCGUCUAGUAAAUAAAAAGUCUAAUUGUAACGUGAAGUGAGUGAAAUCGUGUUUGAAAAAUGUUUGGAGGAUUUUCUUGAAUUUCUUGCCUUAUUCGCGAAAUUGUCAUUGAAAUUGAACGUUUAUGU